AUGAAGGAAGAUCGCCCUUUGGGCCUGCGUUCCGGCGCGGAGUUCGCGGCGGCGGUGCGGGAGCUGGUGAACAAGUGCCGCGAGAGCACAAGUCCGAAAGAACUGCUAGAAAGCUGCGAAAGUCUGUUUCGUCUGCUGCGGGACAAAAAAAUAGAACUGGAAGUGCCUUAUAUUCCUUCAGAUCUGCUGCAGCAGCAGCAGCAGCAGGAAAGCAAGCCGGGGUUCACCCAGUGGCUGCAGCAGUCAUUUCACGUUUUCGUGUCCAUUGUGUUCGAGCUGCUCGAAUCCAGCGAAGCUCCCCUCCAAAAGUUGGGACUUUCUUAUUUAUUUCGAAUUUUAAAACACGAAUCUGAAGUUCACAAGUCUUCAACUUUCCCUCUUGCUGCUUUUCAAGUUUUCGCCUCCCGCCUGCUGCAGGCCAACGCCUUCCCCGGCUACUUGCAGGACUUGCUGCUGAAGGAAUAUCUCCACAAGUACCUGGACGUUCGCUACUACAUGCUCGUGGUCAUUUUGAAGAUCCUCAGGGAGUUUGUUGCGGAAAAGAACCAGCAGCACAACGCAGCAGCAGCAGCAGCAGCAGAGGGGGGGCAGCACGAAGCAGCAGGCAACGAGUGGUUCAGGUGGAAGAGGGGAGAGCGGGACCUCAGCAGCAGACUGACUUCGCUGCUGCUGCAGAUUUCAGACAUAAUUGCUGCGGGGCCCCGGGGCCGGAGGCGCAGGGGGCCCCCCGGGGACCCCCCUGGGGGCCCCCCUGGGGGCCCCGGGGGGCCCCCGGGGGCCCCCAAAGACAGCGACAGCGAAGCGUCGGAAAGCGAAGAUGAAAAGAAGUGGAUGGAAGAAGAAGAAGCAGCAGCAGCAGCAACUUGGAUAAAAGGCCUUGCUGCUGCGAAGGCGGUGGAGCCGGGCAGCCACAGGCUGGUGUUUCAAAACGCGUGGCUGCUGCUGCUGCUGCAGGUGCAGCACAGCAAGGCGCUGCUGCAGCAGCUGCUGGCAGCAGUGCCGCGGCGGGUGCUGCCGCUGCUGUCCAAUCCGCUGCUGCUGUCGGACUUUUUCUUAAAAGCUUUUGCAGAGUCCAGCCAUUUGUCUUUGCGGAUUUCAGCAUUAUCUGGAUUGUUUUAUUUGCUGACGAAGCACCGCCUGGGCAACCCCGAGCUGCUCUCUGCUGCUGCUGCUGCUGCUGCUGCUGCAGACCAGGAAGCAGCAGCAGGGGCCCACUUGUACCAGCAGCUCUACAGGCUGCUCACUCCUGCUGCUCUUUCCCCCAGACUGCGGGGCCGCUUUCUGCGGCUGCUGAACUUGGCCUUGAGAAGUGAUUUGCUGCCAGCUUGUUUGGUUGCUGCUUUCAUCAAAAAGUGCUGCAGAGUUGCAUGCGUUGCUGCUCCUGCUGCAGCACUUUGUCUCCAGGCUUUUGCUGCUUCUCUCCUCCAAAAGUACAGCACCAUUUGCAAGCCUUUGCUGCUGCUGCCGCCCCACGUUGCUGCCAGCCUGCGGGUCUCUGGGGACAGCUUCGACUACAGCAAAUGCGAAGUCCGCAGGGCCCGGGGGGCCCCCAGGGGACCCUCUGGCGUCGUCGGAGGACGAGGAAGAGGCCCCGGGGGAGGCAGGAGAUGA